AUGAGGGGCAUCGGCCAGACCUUCGAGGCGUUCCUGCAAAACAUCGAUUACCUGCACUGGUAUCUGAUGAGCACCGCCUUCUCUGGCAUACAGUCGCCGUCGUUCCGGCCGGAGCUGACCUCUGACCGGGAGGGGGACGCCGUCACACUCAACUACUACUCACGGAGGGACUGCUGCAGCGGUAUUGUCACAGGCCUGCUGACCAUGGUGGCCAGGUGUAUCUUCAACAUCCACAUCGACAUCACCAAGCUGAGCGUGCAGAAGGAGAUGGUGUCCAACCGGCCCAUGGUGCACGUCCGCUUCAGAAUAACGCAGCAUCCAAUCGGUCUGCCUCACAUAGGACUGAACUGGAAGAAAAGAUGGAACUUGUCAAAGCUGAACUCCAGCCACAAAAACACAGGAAUGUCCGUCGCAGCAAAGCUGUUCGGAAAGAUUCAUCCAUAUCACAUCGUUUUUGAUAGAAGGCUGGUGAUCCUGCAGACGGGGGUCGGCCUGAUGAAGCACGUGCCGGAGACGCAGGCGGACGGAGCGCGGAUCGACACCAUCUUCUCGAUGACGUGGCCAGAGGUGUCACUGACCGUACAAAACAUUGAGAGGUUCUCAAACCUGACCUUUCAGUUUGAGUACCGCAAGGCGUCCGACAAACGCUUCUUUUGUAUGAAAGGCACUAUAGUUGGAAUGACGGCCAGCGCCGAAGCUCACCCUGCAGAGCUGGCCAACGCCCCUCUUUUUCUCUACCUGGGAUCACCUAUGGCACGCAGUGUGCGAGAUCUGGAAAAAAUGUCUCUGAAAAUAUCCGAUAUCCCCAGUCAUGAUUCGACGAGAGAUCUCAUACUUCUCAAGGACCAACGCAACAUAGAGUUUGACGUGAUGCAACAGCUAGAAAAGACCACAUCGGAACUAGCCGGUACGGCGGCUGCCCUUCAGAAGGAAAUGCGACACACAGAUGAACUUCUUCACUCAAUGAUCCCGCCCCUUGUAGCGGAGAAGUUGAAGCGGAACGAGCCGGUGCAGGAGACGUUUGACGAGGUUACAAUUUUGUUCAGCGAUGUGGUGACAUUCACCCAGAUCGCUGCCAGUAGCACCCCAGUACAGGUGGUCCAACUGCUCAACCAGCUCUACACAUUCUUCGAUCAUCUCACGGAGAGAAAUCGUGUCUAUAAGGUGGAGACUAUUGGAGACGCCUACAUGGUGGUGGGCGGGUGUCCCGAGAUGGACCCCGACCAUGCCGAGCUGGUGGCCCGACAGGCGCACCAGAUGAUACAGGGAUCGGGCCAUGUGCUGGUGCCCAACACACAGCGACCCGUUCAGAUCCGUGUGGGAAUGCAUAGGUACUGGUCCCGUGGUGGCCGGUAUAGUCGGAGUGAAGAUGCCCCGCUACUGCCUGUUUGGAGACACAGUCAACACUGCCUCCAGAAUGGAGUCUCACGGGCUGGCCGGUCAUAUUCACAUCAGUCACUCCACCUAUACAUGCCUCCGCAGCAACCAGCGGUUCUCGUUCGAGCGUCGUGGUCAGAUCCCAGUCAAGGGGAAGGGCAUGAUGUACACCUAUUUCGUGGCCGACCUGGAGCCGGGAGAGCCGGUGGUUCCUGAGCCCCCGCCGCCUCCCGCCUACCAGCACGGCCUCCAGCCGGCCGCCAGCCGACUGAAGGUGGUACCCGUCCGACGGCAUCCGUUCAGCGCCGUCUGUGAGGUCAUGUGAGGUCGUGGGAGGUUAUAGGUGGCAAUGAGAGGUCAUGCGAGGUUGUAGGUCAUAAGAGGUCAUAUGAGGUCAUGGAAAGUCACGUGAGGUCGCAAGGGGUAUCUCCGGCCGUAGAGGUUAUGAAAAGUCACAAAGGUUGUGUAAGACUGCAGGUCAUGUCAUGUCGAGUAAGUGUGGCUUUACUAGGUCAUGCGAGCUCGCUCCAGGCAAUGAGAGGAAUACGACGUCGUGUGGGAAAGUACAAGGUCAGGCUAGUUCACAGGGUAAAGGUGUAGGGUCGUGUGAGGUCAUUCGGGACCAUGCAGGUCCGGCCAGAUCUGAGCUAUGCGAGAUUAACUGUCGUGUUCGGUGAGAAAGCGUUCGAAGUCAUCCAUGGUCGUUUGAAGUUCGAUGAUGUUUUUAGUCACACAAGUCAUGCAAGGCACAAGAGAUUACUGAUCAGGUUGCAUUGUACACCCCCUAUGUGAACAAUGUUGUUUAUGUGCGAGUGUGGUGAGUGUAUGAUAUCAAACAUUUGUGAAAACGUCUGUGCAAAUACCAUAGGUCAAUCGAUCGUUUGGUGCGUGUUCCUGGUGGCAGAAACAUCGGCUGAGGCUAGGUAUUCGUCGCAUUUUGCCAGAAAUCAAGAUCAAGAUAUUACCGUAAUACUUAUGCAACAGUUAGCGUAGAAUUUAUAUGUGCUUCAGCCAUAUAUUGGAUAUUGAUGUUGAUGUGGCAACAUGGUUGACUGCAAAUGAUGUUCAGAAUUGACUUCUAAGACAGCGGUACCCGUACUUUGUCCGAGCGUCGCUGACUGAAAAAAGUACAAGGGUAAAUAGGCUGGUGGUUAUGCAUGCAACAUACCUAGUCAUGAAGAGAACAACUGAAUGGUUCUGAUUGAAUGUCACGUGUCCGCCCUGACUGUUUUGAAAUGUAACCAAUGUACUUGUCAUUGAU